AUGAAGCUAAUUAAUGAAACGGACCUUCAUUAUGCUGUUGUAGAAUAUCUUAAAAAGUACCAUCCAAAAGCCCUAAUCCUACCGGGACUAGGAGAGUACCAGGAUACAUCACAAAAGAGAUGCGACGCUUGGAGGAAGGGAUAUAUGGGUGGACAGCCUGAUCUCACAAUAGUAACUCCAAGUAAUGGUUUCCAUGGAUUCGCAAUAGAACUCAAGACCCCAAAGGGCACAGGUGAAGUUAGGGACAACCAGGUGUCAUGGUUAAAGGUGUUAAACGAAAAUGGAUACCGGACACUAAUAUCUAACAAUUACACAAAGAUAGUGCUAGAUAUAGAGGAGUACUUUAGGGUCGACAAGAUAAAGAAACCCCUGGAGGAAAUAAACAAUCUUAAGAUAAAGUGCAAGACUCUAAAGGCUAGUAAGUGUAAGGAAGUUGUAAUCCGACAAAUUGGUUACACAGUAGGUAAGUACUAGAGUGGAAAUGGGGAGCCAGGGAAUGAAAUUUAGAAAAUGCUCGGUAAAUGCUGUCGGGCAUUUUUAAGCAAUCCCAUCAUACUGUCAAGUAGAUUUAGGUUAUCUUGUAAGUAGAUUCAAGUUAUCUUGUAAGAUAACUUACAAGAAGAUUUAAGUUAUCUUACAAGUAGAUUCAAGUUAUCUUACAAGUAAAUUUAAGUUAUCUUAUAAGUAGAAUCAAAGAUAACUUGCAAGAUAAAACCCAGUUAAACCUUAGGUAUCUUACAAGUAGAAUGGAAGAUAAACCUGAGAAAAAUCAAGUACCAGUAACAAGUGAAAAAAAGAAGGACCCAAAAAGAGUAGCUGCGGGAAAACGACUGGGAGCAAUCAGUAGAAUAGCAAAGGAAGGGAAAAGGAAACAAGCUGAACCUAACGACUAUCUAGUAAUGAUAGUAUGA